AUGGCAGAUGACUCAGGAAUUCGUUAUUUUCCUUGUCGCGUCACGCGUUCCCAGUCUCGACAAUCUAGUCAACAGUCUAAUCAACUUAUCUCUCAACCUAGUGACUCUAGUCAACCUUCUUCCCAGUCUAGUCAACUUUUUUCCCUGUCUAGCCAACUUACUCUCCAGCCUACACGAGAGAAAAGGCUUCACUUAUCCUCCGCAGCUAUUAAUUCAGCAGGAGAAAAAUUGCUCUCAUUCCAAAAAGCACGAGAAGUAGGGAAAGAAGUGAAGGAAGAGGAAGAGGAAGGAUAUACAGGAUCGAGGGAAAUAGUUAUAAAAGAAAAUGUGUCUCUUGAAAAAUAUCUCCAAUAUCGUGAAAAUAAUGCAAUUCCUUCAGUUCGCAUGUAUCUACAUAACGGGAAUAUCAUAAUUUAUGAAGUACCUUCCUUUGUUCAUGGAGUAACAGCAGGACGUAUUUUGGUAUUGAUGGGUGGAUGGAAUAAUUGGGAUUUCGCGUAUGGUACUGAAGCAACCAUGAUUUUGGGUCCAAACACUGCAAAGGAAUCUGAUUUUUGGGUUCGACCAAGACAUCUUCCUGACCCACCAAUUGGAUCAGGUCUGGGUGCAGAUAGAAAUGAUAAGGCAUAUCCAACAAUGAUGAUUGAGGUUGGUUUUUCUCAGAGUCUUCUAGACCUUCAUCGAAAAACCGUUCUCUACUUUAGUCCACGAACCACAAUCCAGAUUGUGUUAGCCAUCAAGAUAUUUGGAGUUCGCACAGACCCUAAUACGAACACUAGUACUAUUGCACUAAUUGCUGCGUUAUAUCUUCGUACAAGCGCAACUCCGCUGAUUCCAACUAGUGUCAUUUCUUUUGGGACGGCAGAUCCUGAUGCAAAUACCGUAAACUGUAUUAUUAAUCAAAUGGGUGUUCCUCCUGGUAGUUUUACUGGUGUUGGGCGUCCUGAUCCUAAUAACAACAAUAAUAACUUUCCUCCUUGUAAUGCGCCCAAUCUUCCAGAUUAUCAAAUGAAUAUUCCUGGACCGGAAUUAUAUAAUGGGGUUCCAGUACAUAGACUUCCCCCAGGGUUUGCUGCUGGAUUUAAUCUGGAUCUUUGGGACAUUCGAAAUGAAAUAGAAGUUGAACUUCGCAUAUAA